AUGUCUCUUCACAAACACGACCUGCAUGCCCGAGGAAAGCAGCUUGUCGAGUCCCUCCGCAACUCUCCGCGAUCAAACCCGUUCCUCAUCACCGAGCGCCAAGACGAGAAGCAACUAUGUAUCUCCUCAAGAACUUUGCGCGUAAGCGACUUUGUGCUCAUAAAGACUCUUGGUACCGGCACGUUUGCUCGGGUGUGGCUUACAAGGCUGAAGGAUCAAAAAGACAAGAACAAAGUCUAUGCGCUGAAAGUCCUUCGAAAGGCCGAUGUGAUCAAACUCAAGCAAGUCGAACAUGUGCGCAAUGAGCGCAAAGCCCUCGCAGCGGUUCUCGAUCAUCCUUUCAUCACAAACCUAGUCGCAUCGUUCUCCGAUGAGAAAAGCCUUUACAUGGUGCUGGAUUAUUGCCCUGGAGGCGAGAUCUUUAGCUACCUGCGACGCCAACGACGCUUCAGCGAAGAAACCUCCAGAUUUUACGCCGCCGAGAUUACCAUGACCAUUGAAUUUCUACACGACAUACACGGGAUCGCCUACCGUGACCUCAAACCGGAGAAUAUCCUGCUAGAUGCCGAUGGUCAUAUCAAGCUGGUCGAUUUUGGAUUCGCGAAACAAGUCGACAACCGCGAGACAUAUACGCUAUGUGGUACACCGGAAUAUCUCGCCCCAGAGGUUAUUCACAACAGUGGACAUGGCCUUGCUGUGGACUGGUGGGCGUUGGGAAUACUAAUUUACGAGUUCCUGAUUGGCCAACCGCCAUUCUGGGAUUCUAACCCACUUCGCAUCUAUGAGCAGAUCGUUGAAGGCCGCCUACGCUUCCCAGCAAAUAUGCCACCCGCAGCGCAGAACAUCAUCUCUCUGCUUUGCAAGACAAACCCGUCAGAGCGACUCGGCCACAUUUCCGGCGGCUCAACCCGAGUCAAGUCCCACCCAUUCUUCCAAGAUGUCAUCUGGGACGAUCUUUUCUAUCGCCGGGUGAAGGGACCUAUUCUCCCCCGCCUAUCCCAUCCCGCCGACACCGGUAACUUUGAGGAAUACCCGGAUCCCCCCGACUCCAGACACGCCAAUAUUUACACCGAUGACCUAAGGAAGAAGUAUGAAGCGUUGUUCAGUGACUUCUGA